GCAAUUGCUCAUAACCUUGAUAAUUUUUGAUACACGUGUAAUGCGAAGCAUUUAAAUUUGAAUUUUUUUCGUUUAUUACAAGGUGAAACAUCAAUAAUAGUGAAUAAAGUGGCAAAGAUUACUUUACAAUAACAUGAGUCCUCGUAUCCUGCUUCGGACAUUCCAGCGCAUCUCGGGAUUUCGGUUUUCCUCGACGAAACCGGCGUUCACAUCCGACAGGUACCAAGUGAAAAGAGGCCCGUACGCGAGUAUUUCUAAUAAUCACGUGGCAUUCUUUAACGAGCUACUUGGACAGAACAGAGUCAUCGCGGAUGCGGAGGAAUGCGAAGGAUACAACAUAGAUUAUGCGAAAAUCGUCAGAGGGAAGAGCACACUCGUAUUGAAACCGAAAACCACCGACGAAGUGUCUGCUAUAUUAAAGUUUUGCAACGAGAAUCGGUUAGCCGUGUGCCCUCAAAGUGGCAACACGGGUCUUGUAGGCGGUAGCGUGCCAGUCUUCGACGAGAUCGUCAUUUCCAUGAAGUUUAUGAACAAAAUCAUCGAGACGAAUGAAUUGGCAGAAACGAACUUAGCUAUUCUUUCGUCUGACGAAUUCUUUGCAUUAGGGGUGUUGACCUGCGAAGCUGGCUGUGUGCUCGAAGAUCUGGAUAAUCAUUUAGGGACAGUAGGAUUAAUGAUGCCGAUUGAUCUUGGAGCGAAGGGUAGUUGCCUGAUCGGUGGUUGCGUGUCCACAAACGCUGGAGGUUUGAGACUCCUUCGUUACGGUAAUCUUCAUGGAAACAUCUUAGGUCUCGAGGCCGUGAAAGCGAACGGAGAAGUGAUAGACUGUUUAAACACGCUGAAGAAGAACAACACUGGCUACCAUUUGAAACAUCUUUUCAUCGGGUCAGAAGGUACCUUGGGAAUCGUAACGAAAGUCGCAAUUCAAUGUCCACCGCUUCCCAAGGCCAUCAAUGUCGCCUUUUUAGGGUUAAACAGCUUCGACAAAGUGUUGAAAGCGUUUCGUCUGGCGAAAAGGGAAUUAGGAGAGAUUCUGUCUUCGUUUGAGAUGAUGGACAGAGAUUCGAUUGAUAUUUCUUUCACGACUUUCGGCAUGAAAAGUCCAUUAACAUCGAAAACCGACGGUCAUGAUUUUUAUGUAUUGCUGGAGACUUCCGGUAGCAACGUGAACCACGACGAAGAGAAGCUCGGAUCUUUUGUCGAGAAGGCACUCGCUGAUGAUAUUAUCGAAGAUGGUACUCUUACUUCAGAUCCUACCAAAGUCAAACAUAUAUGGGCAUUGAGGGAACGCAUUAGCGAAGGAGUAUUACGGGAGGGCUAUGUGUUUAAGUAUGAUAUUUCCAUACCUAUCUCGUCUUACUACAAAGUGAUCGAGGUAAUUAAAGAACGAUUGCGUGAUCCACGUGUUAUAAGAAUCAGUGGUUACGGACAUCUAGGCGAUGGGAAUAUUCACGUACAGGUUUCAAUACCGUCAUACGAACCUGAAAUAGCAUCGCAGCUAGAACCUUUCAUUUUUGAAUAUGUGUCUAAACUUCGUGGUAGCGUAAGUGCCGAACAUGGAAUAGGAUUCGUAAAGACAAAAUAUCUACACAUGAGCAGAACCUCUUCUGAAAUCAAACUCAUGCACGAACUAAAAAAAAUGAUGGAUCCAAAUGGAAUACUUAAUCCGUACAAAGUAUUAUAUCCAUUAGAAAUUUCCGCAUAAAAAUAGGAUAAAAGAAUAUAUGUAUAAAUAUAGUACAAAUUGAAACAUUUUUGUAUUUAUAUUUAAAUUUAAGAAUAAGUAAUAUACUAUUGAACAAAUGAAAUAAAUAAUAUAUUAAGUGAAAGAAUAUGAAAUUUAUAGUAUUUUUAUUCAUUUAUCUUUUUAUUAUAAUUGUCAUCUUUAUGUACAUUUUAUAUUUGUUAAAUAUUACUUAUUUAUUUUUUUGUACUUUUUGUUAGAAAAAUUAUUAUUUUAUUGGAAAUUAUUUAUUACUUUACUCUUGGAGACAAUGAUUACGUAAUAUUAUUAAAAAGAUUUUAAAUUUUCCGCGUUUGUUAAUUGUGCGGAUAGAAAACGGUGAUAGAAAUACUAUAUCAAUCCAUGGUAAAAAAACAUUCUAUUUUAUCGAGUCUAUGAAUUUUUAUGGUAUUCGUAAAGGUAUAGAGAGGUCGCUACCGUCCAGUCGAUUUAAUUGUCUAUUUUUAGAUCGCAAAUGUCAAAUUUCAUAUAUAUAAUUCAGUAUUUGAUAUAUCUAUUUGUUUUCUAAUGUUUCUUGUAUGAAUCAAUAGCUAUAUUUUUCGACUUCUUACCGUGCUUCUAUGCUAAAAUAAAAAUAAUCUUAGAAUAAAAUUCGUCAUCGAAUCAAACGUAUUUGUUAAAUAGUAUUUUUAGAAUAUAAAUAUUACAUGUACAUCAUUGAUUUCAAAUUUAUCCCUGAUGACUUCACUAAAUGAGAUGUUUUAUCGAUACCGUCGGUUCGGUAUCAUUACAAUUAUUGAAAUAGAAAAGUCUGAAAAAUUCUAUAAAUAAAUACAGUAAUAAUAAAAAAUUACUAGUAAAAAUUACUAUAAACAAAUAUUAGUAAUAUAUGUAUUAAAUAUAUAUUAAAUAUAUAUAUAUAUAUAUUAAUAAAGAAAUUAUCUUUUGCAAUAGUUUUAACAGUAAUAGUUUUAAAUAAUUUUGACGUACGUUCAUUAAAAAAACUAAGAUAUUUUACGAUUCAGCAGCUACGAAGAACAAAAUAUUAAAAUGCGCUUAAAAUGUGCAUAAAAUAACCUUGAAUUAGAUACGUAGAUCGGAAAAUGUAUGAAAAAGACAAUUCAAAACAAUAUGUUUUGAAUUACGUGGAAAUUACUCGAACAAACGAGAAGCUAGGUUAAGAUACAUAUUGAUUGGUCGCUAGUAAAUUCGAGUAGGUAUCUCGAACGGCAGAGAAUUCGACUGCGCAUGUACAGUUCGAAAGAUCUGGAAAAGCGCGCGACAAAUAUAAAUCAAUAGAGCAGAACUGCGCAGUCAGAAAUUAUACUUCGAAGCGAAAGGAUCGUGUAACGUUCCAAGCUACUAUCGAACGACUUUAUAUUUUAAACGAAUGAUUAUUUCUUCCUCUGAGUGAUUUCUAAAAAUAAAGGAUUCUUAAAGAGAGGUAUGUAUUCUAACUUUCUUUCUAAUUUAAUUUAAAAUCUGUUUUUUACUCUAAACAAACUUUAGAUUGCUUUAUCGAGAACUUUCCCUCUUAUCUUUUUCUUUCCUUUCUUGACUCUCAAGCUAUAUUGGAAACUAUUAUGUUUCAUUAUCUAUUUUUACAGAAAAUGCAAGGAAGUAGAUUAUUUUUGUGGAAUUGCGUUAUAUCGACGCAACGUUGA